AUGCAGGUCAUGUUAGAUAAAGAUGUUGUAUAUGCAGAUUCUUGGAGUUACAGACAUAUGUGUAGAUGGUACACAGGGUUCUUUUAUAAACAUCCUCUUCUAGAGAAAUAUGAAUAUUAUUGGAGGUUAGAACCUGGAGUUCGACUUUUGUGUGAUGUAGAAUAUGAUGUAUUCCUAGAGAUGUAUAACAAAAACAAGAAAUAUGCAUUCACUUUAACAUUAUUUGAAUAUUCCGAUACUAUACCUUCAUUAUGGACCCAUUUCAAAGCAUUCAAAGACUCUCAUCAGUAUAAUGGACAAUUACUCGAUCUUAUUGAAGAUGGUGAUAAUUAUAAUCUUUGUCACUUCUGGUCAAAUUUCGAAAUCGCCAGUUUGGAUAUAUUCCAAUCUGCAGAAUAUGAAGAAUUCUUUAGGUUCAUGGACCAAACUGGUGGGUUUUUCUACGAAAGAUGGGGCGAUGCUCCCUUACAUACACUUUUCAUUGCAUUAUAUUUGAAUAAAGAAGAUUUAUGGUAUUUAAAUGAUUUUGGAUAUUAUCAUGCCCCAUACUUGCAAUGUCCUCCUGAUGAUAUCGGUCAAAGAUGUAUUUGUGAUCAAGAUUAUGAUUUCACUUAUUCAUUCCAGAGUUGUACCUCGCAUUUCUUAAAAAUUAUAGAGUCAAAAUAA